AUGGCGCCGGUGUGCGCCAGCGGCUCCGCUGCAUGCCGGGAGCUGCAGUCCCGCCGCUCCGGGGCCGUCUGCGGGCGGCGCCGCGCGGAACUACAUCUCCCAGAGUGCGGCGCGCAGGGCGGGGCCGGCCGCGGGCUCGGGCCGUGGUUGGCUGGGGCGGGCGGGGCGGGGCGCGCGGCGGAAGCGGCGGCGGCGGCGGCGGCGGCGGGGCGGGUCGGCAUGGAGCCCGGGGAUGGCCCGGGAGCGCUGGACCUGCACGGCGACGAGGAGAUCAUCGAGGUGGUGGAGCUGGGCCCGCCCGGGCCGGAUGACCUGGCCGAGGAGAUGGAGGACGUGGACUUUGAGGACGAGGCGGCAGAAGAGCCCGAUGCCGAGGCUUGGGAUUCGGAGGAUGACGAGGGGGUGGAGGACGGCAUGGAGGCGCAGGACGACAGCGAGGUCACGUUCUCGCUCCACUCGGAUUCUGUCUUCUGUGUGAGCCUGGACCCCAAGACCAACACGCUGGCAGUGACAGGUGGAGAGGAUGACAAGGCCUUCGUGUGGCGUGUGAGUGACGGGGAGCUCCUGUUUGAGUGCUCAGGACACAAGGACUCGGUCACUUGUGCUGGCUUCAGUCACGACUCUGUGUUCGUGGCUACAGGUGACAUGUCUGGGCUUAUCAAAGUGUGGCGGGUGGAUGCCAAGGAGGAAGUGUGGUCCUUUGAGGUGGGGGACUUGGAGUGGAUGGAGUGGCACCCUCAAGCCCAUGUACUUCUGGCUGGUACAGCUGAUGGCAACACCUGGAUGUGGAAGAUCCCCAGUGGGGACUGCAAGACCUUUCAGGGUCCAGCGUGCCCAGCCACAUGUGGCAGGAUCCUGCCUGAUGGGAAGCGAGCAGUGGUGGGGUAUGAGGACGGGACCAUGCGCAUCUGGGAUCUAAAGCAGGGAACGUCGCUGCAUGUCCUGAAAGGCCAGGAUGGCCAUCAGGACCCCUUGACGUGUGUAGCCAGCAACCAGGAUGGCAGUUUGAUCAUGACGGGCUCUGUGGACUGCCACGCCAAGCUGAUCAACUCUGCCACGGGCAAGGUGGUGUGCGUGUUCAAGAUGGAGAGCGUGACCCCCAAGGCACCCAUCAGCGAGGGUGAGGAGGCAGAGUCCAACUCAGUGGAGUCGCUGGGCUUCUGUAAUGUGAUGCCACUGGCUGCUGUGGGCUAUCUUGACGGCACACUGGCUAUUUACGACCUCUCCACACAGAGCCUGAGGCAUAAGUGCCAACACGAGUCAGGGAUCGUGCAGCUGCUGUGGGAGGAGAGCUCGGCCGUGGUGUACACCUGCAGCCUGGACGGGGCUGUGCGGCUCUGGGACGCCCGCUCAGGGAAGAUGAUCAGCGAGUACCGAGGGCACUCUGCUGAAAUCCUCGACUUCGCCGUCAACAAGGAUGCCUCCAUUGUGGUGACCACCUCUGGCGACCACCAAGCCAAAGUGUUCUGCGUCCAGCGGCCCGAUCGCUAGAACUGUGUCAAGGGAUGGCGUCCCGGCGCUGCCCUGCGCCUCCUGUACAGAGGGACGAGGGACAUGGUUUCACCACCCUUCUCCAGUGCGUGCUUUGUAAUUUUUCCAGCCUGCCCUGCUUUGCCCUCACCAUCUAGGGGCCAAGUCAGGGGUUUUGUAUGAAGAUGUCUUUAAUUAUAUAAAUUAUUUCACUUAACUGGAUGCCAGCUACUCUGCUUGUUGGGGGGGGGAAGAGGAUCUGGGGAGCUAUGCUCCCUCCUCAGGGAUCUCCCUGGCAUCCAACCAUGGCCUGAGGAUCAGUGGCAGAGACUCCCACCCUAGCUCUCCCUGCUAGGGGGAAUCAGGGGCUCAGGAUAGGAGGGAAGGGUACAGGUUGCUAGCUGAAGGUAGGAGAAUCCUGCUCUGUACAGUCUAGGAGCUCCUUAACAGAACAGGCUAUUCCCAGAUCUGGGUACUGCACCCCAAAGCUCACCAGAAGGCAUAUGUUCCACAAUACAGGAAUUAUCGCCCUUGGGGCUGUGACUAAACACCCCUUCAAGGGCAAGGUCACGUGCAUUGACAAGCCAAAGCCUCACAGCCCUUUAAGAUAGAAAGAUCUUCUUUAUUAAUGAACCCCAACAGUAUUUCUUCAGAUACAGGAGUUUUGAACUCAAAUACUCAGAAGAAAACAAGUUAAUAUUGCAUUAUUCUCAUAAGAAAUACUGCAACUUAUUUCCGGUAACAUAUUGCAAAGCGAAACAGCUUGAAAAGAAAAAAAAAAUUAAAAAAGAAAAGAAAUGAAGUCAA